CUCUUAUAACACACUCGUCCCUCUACCCAUCUCUUUUGUCGAAAACCAUUCUGCUCUGAAUAGCAGAAAAUUCUGACAGAAAGUGGUCUCGAAGUCACGGUAUAAAAAUAAUAAAUUUAGAAAUUGCUUUUUGUUUCAAGCAACUUGUCGAAAAACAUACUUUGAGAAAUUUUCAUCAUGGCAAAACUUGCGUCGCCGAAUGGGGCAUCCGCUCUAUCUGAACUUGGGCAAAAGAAAGUUAACAAUGAAAAGAAAAGUUCACCUAAGAUUAAGGAGGAAAUUCCUCAUCAAGAGGAAUCCGAAUCUGACUCUGACGAAGCACCCGAAGAGGUAUCUGUCAAGAGUAGUUCAUUGGAAGCAAAAGAACGGUUAAAGCAACUUCAUGAUCAUGAAAGAAGAUUACGGGAAAAUGAAAAAGAAAAGCGAAGAGCUGCAAAUGAAAAAAAUCGCCAACGGAAUGCAACUUUGCAAGAAGCACAAAAACUGGAUCUUUCUAUUUUAGAGGAUGCUGCCAGGGAAGAAGAAGCGAAGGACGAGGAAGAUGAGGAUGAUUACGAUACCGAAAGCUUGGAACAUGUCCCCAUGAACAAUAAGAUUUUGUUUCCAACUGAGGAGGCACCUCUAAAAAGGCGCAAAAACAAAGUUAUAAAGAAGGGUGACUUUAAAGUAUCGGUUCUGGAUGCUUCCAAGAAGGAUCAUUUAGCACCUGGAUCUGAUGCAAAGUUAUCUCAAAAGAAACGUUCUUGGCUUCAGCGUCAAGUUGUUCCUCGUCAAAAUAAGCGUCGUAAGCCACUUACUGCCGGCUCUUUGUAAUGCAUGUUUGAAGUGGUUCGUAAACUACCCUUUUUUUUUCAUAGAAAGGAGAGCUUUCCCGUUCGUUGGUCUUUAUCCCAUGUUUUAUGCGAUUGUCUGUUGGAAACAAUGAAUCGAGAUUUUUAGCGGUUUUUGAAGUCCUAUAAAAAAAGGAUAUAUGGGAGAAUUGGUUUUUUUGGUUUAGAAAAGAUAUUACGACUCUUAAUUACUAACUUAUUUCUGGGUAAUUUCUUUUAUUAAUCUUUUUGUCUUUACUGUA